AUGGCGUCCGCCUGCGCGCUCACCACCAUAGCCAUCCUCGCCGCGAUCCUCUUCUACGUCCUCCUGCUGCUCAGCCGCGCCAUGGAGCUGCGCUUCGCGGCCAGCUAUGCCAUGCUCGACUGCGCCCCGCCCCCUGCCUCGGACGAGGCCGCCGCCGCCGCCUUCCGGGACACCCUCCUGCCGCUCCUGGCCGCGCUGCCCGCGGCCGCCGCGCCGACGGGGUUCGCGUCCCUGCGGUCCGGCGGCGGCGCGUUCGCCCGCGGCCUCUGCCUGGGCGACCCCUCGCCGAGAGACUGCCUGGCGUGCCUCGCCGCGGCCGCCAAGAAGCUCACCGGCUGCGGCGCGAGCAGGCGCGCCGGCGUCUGGAGGAGCGAGGGCUGCUUCCUGGCCUACGCCGACGGCAACACCUCCUCUCCGCACGAGGGCGUGUUCCGCGACGUCGUCUCCUUCGGCGAGGAGGUCUACCGCGCGGUCAUCUCCGUCGACGACGGCACGCUGCCCUCCUACCCCAACUGCUUCGACAAGCGGGCGCUCGUGGCGCUCGCGCAGUCCCUGGCGGGGCGCGGCGCGGCUAACAGCUCGGGGGCGCGCGUCGUCACCGACGCGGCCGCGCUCUCGAGCAACGCCACCGGGAAGAACGCGGUGACGCUGCGGGCGCAGUGCGCGAGGGACCGCGCGGCGGCGGCGGAGUGCGGCCGGUGCCUGGGGGACUCGGCGCGGGAGGUGCGGGCGUGCGGCUGGGGCCUCGACGGCGAGCACGAGCGCGUGGCCGACGUGCUCGGCUACAACUGUUUCCUACGGAUCGAGACCUCCGUCCCACCACGGCCCGUGGCGAAAUACAUCAUGCAACCAGUGGUUUUGGCCUUGUGCGCCGCCAUACUGCUCGUGCUGGUCGUAACAGCGGUGAGCGCGUGCGUGAGAAAGAAGAGGGGCACCGGGAAUGUGGCGGCGGCGGCGGCGGCAGCAGCAGCAGGUGCGUCUUCUGUCUCUCGGCUACGUCAGCAAGUGAACGGUGCUGCAAACUGAGGGAGAUGGAGUCACCGGUCACCACCACCUUUGGAGUCAUACGACCACCCUGCUGAUCUGUUUCGCCGCGUGCGGAGAUGGAGAUCGGUCGUCGAUGUUUUUUUUUUCUGGUUUGAGAUCCAUGCUUCCGUAGCUAGUAGCUGAACUAGUGGUGUGGGUGUGGCCAGGAAUUGGCCGCUGCUUUGGCUCGGUCGUCCUGGGUGAUACCAACAUGAACCCAUGUACUGAUUGUCAACUUUAUGUCCUAGAUCAGUUCCAGCAGCCAUGUGUGUGCCUAUGCGUUCCUUAAAACUGCAGGCGAGACUUACUGUCGUCGCAAUUUA